AGUGAACAACCUUACCCAGUCUUUUACUCUCUCUGGCAACUCGAGAUCCAGGGUGCAAGCUAUGGUUGGGACUUCAGGCCCCAACUCGUGCCAAGCCGACUACCUGAUCAUCCCAAUGGUUUCCAAUGUUGGACGACCACUCACAGGAACUAGCAAUACCGUUGACAGAAUAUGUGGAGGCGUUCUUAGUGCUGAAGUGUCAACGCUAUCCAGUAGCAUCAAAACCAACGUCAAACCGUUCUACCUAUGGUUCCACACCGACGGCGUCGAAGCCCCUAAUGAUUUGGACAAUAAAGGAUUCUGUUUAAACUACAUCCAGCUACCAUGUUCAUCGACGUUAUCUUAAUUAGUUGAUUAAUUUGUUAUGCUUUGAGUACCUGUUAGAAUAGUGGUAAUGUGCGACAACAAAUGUCAAUAAAUGUUUGAUAAUAGUA